AUGAAGGCCUCUGAAGACUCACAAACAUUUUCACAGCUUCGGUGGUAUACCACGGACAGUGUCUACCUGAAACGGAAAAUGCUCAGCGCAAUGGAUAUUCUUCAACAACAACAGAAAAGAAAAGACAAAAGACAAAAUGAUAAAGAAACAGUUCGAUUCAGUCAUUCCCUCUCCUUCGUUUGUUCUCCGAUGAUGUAUAGACCCCUUCGACCUCCAUCGCUAUUGAUUGAUCAGCUUUCACUUGAGUUUACCUUCUGA